AGGUUUUGUGCUUUACAUAGUUUGAAAUGAACCUGUUUUUGUUUUUUGUUUGUGAAGAAUAACAUCCCAUGAUUUAAAGGAAGGUUCUUGGAGUUUCGGUUGGUGCCUCUCUAUUUGUGAUGGAGUGAGUGAAAGAGAGGGCACACGGUAACUUCACCCUCGCCAUGAAAUCAGUGUUUUUCAGCCGUUUCUUCAUCCUGCUGCCCUGGGUCCUGAUUGUCAUCAUCAUGAUCGAUAUCGACAGUAAAAAGGCGAUCCGGGCACCAGCAGUCGGACGGACCGGCAGGGCUCAACGGGCCGCCCGGACUGGCGCACCGGGGGUCGGUGGUACCCAGAACCAGUCCGCUCUACCUGUUAUCUACGCCAUCACUCCAACUUAUACCCGUCCGGUGCAAAAAGCGGAGUUGACCCGUCUCGCCCACGUCUUCCGCCAGGUUCCCCGGCUCCACUGGAUCGUAGUGGAGGACUCGACGACGCGCACUGAGCUGGUGGCGCGCUUCUUGGUGCGGUGCGGCGUGCAGUACACGCACCUGCAUGUGCUCACUCCCCGCAGGUUCAAGCGCACCGGGAUGCCGCGCGCCACUGAACAGAGGAAUGUGGCUCUCGCGUGGCUCCGGCAGCACCGGGGCAGGCGGGACGCCGGGGUGGUUUUCUUCGCGGAUGACGACAACACAUACAGCCUGGAGCUGUUUGAGGAGAUGCGUAGUACUCGAGGUGUUUCUGUUUGGCCUGUGGGAUUUGUAGGCGGCAGAGCAUAUGAGCGCCCCCUGGUGUCUGGGGGUAAAGUUGUGGGCUGGUACACCGGCUGGAGACCGGACCGACCCUUCGCUACCGACAUGGCAGGUUUUGCGGUGAACCUCCAGGUGAUCCUGGUGAACCCACGGGCGCAGUUUAAGCGGCGCGGCUCCCAGCCGGGGAUGCAGGAGUCCGACUUCCUCAAGCAGAUCACCAAGGUUACUGAGUUGGAGCCCAAGGCCAAAAAUUGCACCCGGGUGCUGGUUUGGCACACUCGCACAGAGAAACCACAUCUUGCAAAUGAGCCCAAACAUCGGAAAGACACUAUGGUCAUUGAGGUGUGAGAGGAACUGCUGAGCAACGGAUCCAAAGCCAGCAGCUGAAUGUGGCUGCCAAUCAUCUCUUGACUGGGACUAACGACAGCAUCCCGCUUUCUCUCCUUAUGGGACUGAUACAAUCUGUUCUCGAUGGACACAGACUCUGAGGAGCUGCAUGAUUCAAGACUUCUGGCUGUGUGUCAAACGUGCUUCGGGAGAACUGGACGACACUGAAUAUGUUUGUUUUACAAACUGGGACUGUUUAUUUUCUCCAUCCACGGCUUGCUGAUGUGAAAAACUGAAGUGUAAAUGUAAAAUUAUGUUGCUGAAGUGCCAUGUAAAUAAUUAAUGUCAUUUAAUCAUUAAUACAUAUUGUCAAAUGAA